UAGUUGGUGAAGGUUAUAGUUAUGUUUACUUGUGAACUAUAUAAUUGAUGAAAAGUUUAAAAGUAAUGAAAUGAUUAAGAUGAAAACCAUUCUUGUUAUGAAAUAUAUGGUUUUCAACCCAGUCUCUCUGUUGGGCUUUUGUUAUGAAACACUAGUGCUAGUAGCUGGGAGCUAAUCAUGUCGAUAUUAUCUAUAUAUUUUGAAUUUCUUGCACUCAUUCUCUUCGGGUCUUGCAACAAGAGUACAUUCGUGGAAUCAGUGCAUGGAAUUUUAAUCUGGAGGAUUUGAAAGCUCAAGCUGCCAUUAGGGUCCAUGAUUGGUGUAAAAAUAGGUAGUGACUUAGACGAGUUGAUUUAUCAAGGCAUGUACUAGCAAUGAAUCCGAGGAAGGAAAUCAAUGCGGUGCUAAAGAAGGAAGCAGAUUACUUUGGCGACAUUGUGAUUUUUCCAUUUAUGGACCGUUAUGAGUUUGUGGUUCUUAAAACCAUUGCCAUCUGUAUUUAUCCAGUAACUUGCUAUAUGGAGAUAUUCCGUUCUCGGCAUCUAGGCUCAAAUAGCUUGCUAUAUGGAGAUAUUCUGGAUAAUAGCUUGGAGUCUCAUCAACAUUUCCUGAUAUUUGGAGGAGGUUGCAGGUUAUGCCUUGGCAAGGAAUUGGCUAUAGUAGAGAUUUGUACAUUCCUUCAUUACUUUGUGACUAAAUACAGGUCAGCUAUAUGAUUCUCAUGUUACCCUUUCUAAGUUUCAAUAUGAAAUUAGAGUUUGAAGAGGACCUUCCAAACAUUAGGUAGGGCUUGUUGUGAACCUUCUUUAGUCCAGAAAUUAGGAUUAUCCACAAAAAAACUUCGGCAACAUGCCUAUAUUGAAUAUCUACAUUAACUUUCAUUCUAACUGUUUUAAUUUCUCACAUAAGUACAUGCCACUUGGUAAUCACAACAACCUCAUUUAGAUAAAGGUAUGAUUAUG